AUGAAAUUGGUCGCAGCAGCCUUCAAGGCAAGCCAAGCACAGAGUCGUGCUGCACUAAUCACCCACCUCACAGCUGGGUUUCCAUCCGUGGAUGAGACCCCGGAGAUCAUGCUUGCCAUGCAAGCUGGCGGUGCAGACAUCAUUGAGCUGGGGAUUCCCUUUGAAGAGCCAAAGACAGACGAUCCCGUCGGCAAGAGUGCCAACGCUACAGCUUAUGACAAUGGUAUCCGGAUUCCUACUAUGCUGCAGAUAGUUCAAUCAGCCCGCUCCCAGGGCCUGAACGUCCCAGUCGUGUUGAUGGGAUACUACGAGCCCAUCAGAGACUAUGCAUUUGGAGAGGAGAAACUUUUGCGCGAUUGCAAAGCUGCCGGAGUCGACGGAUUUAUCAUUGUUGAUUUUCCACCUGAUGAUGCUGCACGCUUCAGCGAAUCUUGCAAGGCCAAAGGCCUAUCGUACAUUCCAGUUCUUGCCUUUGCUACCCCGGAAGAUGACACGAAGACCCUCUGCAAGUCUGCUACCUCCUUUGUUUAUCUUGUUUCUCAAGUUGGAUUCGGCAGAGGCUUCGCAGAUCUGGACGAAGGAUUUCCCGCGCUUCUGAAGCGGGUUCGUCGUUUCAACAGAAAUGGUGUUUCGUCAGUUAUCGGAUUUGGCGCUACGAACUCUUCGCAGUUCUUGAGACUUGCGUGUCUAGCCGAUGGAGUUGCGGUUGGGAGGCCUAUCGUUUUCAUUCUGGAAAAUGCACACCCUGGCACUGGCGCACAGAAAGUGAAGGAGUACUGCCUGAGAGUUGCUGAUCGAGCUGAAGCGCAUGUCAUCAUACCACCGGGAAGAAAGCCUGUGAAUCAAUCCAUGUCACCCACUACCGUCUACCUCGCCGGUGGAGACGGGGCCGAUGACUCCACCACGUCCGAAGGACCAGAUAAGGAGCAAAAGGAUUGCAAAGAUCCACCCAGCAGUCCAACUGGUCUUACAGGCCUUGAUAGCCAUCAUAAAGCCCUCAGCGACUGUCUUGCGGAGCUCGAAGCAGCUUGGAAAGUCGCAUAUGCUGAAACUAUUGGGCCGAGCGAGUAUCACCCUCAAACAAAGUCUUUGGAUAGACUGUUUGCUCUUUACCUUGCCAGGAAGGCCACCGUGUCCGCCAAUGGUUCCGGUAUCUGGCUGAAGGCUGCGGAUAGCGAUGAAGGAAAACCCCACAAUAUCAACACCGCCAUAGCCCACGUCAUCUUCGCCAAAAGUGUCGGCAAGACAUCCUUCAUCGCUGGAACGGCUGUCGGGGAGUAUGGACAAGCCGUAGCCAUACACUGCGCCAAACUUGGUCUCAAAUGCACGAUCUUCAUGGGUUCUGAGGAUUACGAUCGUUCCCUGUCUCAAGUUCGCGAUAUGAGACUAAGGGGCACAACGGUCACCCCCGUCGAUGGUGAGCAUGGCAAAGGUAAACUCUGCGAUGCAGCGAACAAGGCAUUCGGAGCUUGGAUCGCCAAUUGUGAAUCAUCAUACUUCAUCGUCGGUUCUGUGUUUGGCUCCGGGCCGUGUCCAACGGAAACCACGUUCCAGUCUGCCAUCGACGAAAAGCUUCGACCUACAUUCGAACUCAUGUGCAAGAUGCUGCCUAAUGUUAUCGUCACUGGCAUAGAGGGUAAAUCGGAUGCUGCGUCCCUGCCACACGAGUACAUGGAAGAGUCGGAAAUUGCCUUGCAUGAGGUCGAAGAAGACUUUUUUGAUCAAAAGUCGCGUUUCGUUGCUGGAGUGGUUCAUGUAAUGUGA